AUGAACAAUAAUAUUACCAUCACUUCGCAUUCUAAUCCACAUCCAUAUUUAAAGUGUAAUUGGUUUUCGAAAAUAUUUCAUACUUGGGUUACAAGUUUGCUCUAUCUUGCUUCAAAAAAAUCCUUAGAAGAAAAAGAUUUAUUUGAUAUUUUACCACAAGAUAAAAGUAAUUCACUAAUUGAAAAUUUAGAACUUGCAUGGGAAAAUCAAGUUGUUUUAUCACGAAAAAAGAAGAAAAAUCCAUCUUUGAUAUUGGCAACAAUUUCAGUUUGUUAUAAAACAUAUUCCACUGUCGGAAUUUACAUUUUUAUUUACAUCAUUCGUCUUUCAUUGUCAUCAUUGUCAUCAAUUGCCAGUGGAAAAAUUAUCAAUCUUAUGACAAACGAUGUGGCAACAAUAGAAAAAUUAUCAUUAGAUGGACAUUUUUUUUGGGUGGGCAUACUCGAGACGAUUGUUGUUCUCUCUAUUCUAUGGAUUAAAAUUGGCUAUACAAUUUUAAUCGCUGCUUGUUAUACAAUAUUUGUAUUAUUAUUACAAAUGGCUUGUGGAAAAUGCAUACAAAUUAUAUGGACAAAACGAGUUCGAAAAACAGAUCUCCGUAUUAAGUUGAUGAAUGAAAUUGUAAAAUCAAUUCAUUUAGUUAAAAUGUACAGUUGGCAACAACCAUUUCAACAAAAAGUCGAAAAUGUUCGACGAAUUGAAACGUAUUAUAUUAUAUUUCAAUCGUUGAUGACUAGCGUUAAAAUUGUCAAUGGUCAAGCAUUUGCAGCAAUAUUUUUUCUUCAAAUUUUUGGAUUACUAUGGUACAAACAAAUACCAUUCGACACAGAAUUUUUCACAAUAGCAUUUGUUUUGAUUUCUUAUUUAAGACAUACAUUUUUACACAAUUUUUCUGGUGUAUGCGUUAAUUUAAGUCAAUACUGGGCAGCGGCUAAACGAAUACAAGACUUUUUGUUAUUGGAAGAAUAUCAUCGGUCAAAUGCUAUAAAAGAAAAGACGACGUUAACUUCUUCUGAUGAAACAAAACUAUAUUUAGAAACUGAACACUUAUCGGCUAGUUGGGAGAAUGCAUCAUUUCAUCUUCAAAAUAUUUCAUUUACAUCGAAAGUUGGAGAGUUAGUUAUGGUCAUUGGUCCAAUUGCCAGUGGAAAAGUUAGUAUUGAACUUGAUAAUCGUUUGCAUUUUUAUACUGAAAUAUUUUUCCUAUAG